AUUUGUAUGGCAACCAAUUGAUUCAUGUUUGCCAUUCCAACCAUUCAUUUUCCUUGGUUCUCUUAAAGGCUCUCAGCCAAUUAAUCUCCGUUUCCCCCCAUUCCUGUUCUCUUCAAUCCGUCAUUGCAGCGGCGGCGGCGGCGAAUUGAACCCUAGCAAGGGUGUUCCCGGCCCUAGCUAGCGCACAUCGGAGACGAAACGAGGAAGAAAUUAAAUCCACAGCGGCCGGUCGGAAGGAGGAAGGGCGUGGGUGAGAAUGUCGAUUUCGGCGCGGCCGCCGCCUUCGGUGGACCAAUCGAAGCCUGAUUUCGACAUGGAGAAGCUGAGCCAGGCCGUGAUGUGCUUUUCAGAGACGAUAUACCGGGUGAAUGGGGUUUGGGAGGGGCCGGAUCCUCUGACGCCGAUCAUUCCCCUGUUCCUCCUCCAGAUAAUGGUGGCGAUUCUCUUCUCCCGCAUCCUCAACUUGGCCCUCAAGCCAUUCCAUCAGCCGCCCGUCGUUGCUGAGAUCAUUAGUGGGAUACUGUUGGGCCCUUCAGCAUUGGGAGGGAUCAAGGCAUUCCGAAACACGCUCUUCCCAAACUACAAUUUCGAGAUAAUAGAGACAAUGGCUCACCUUGCCCUCGUCCUCUUUGCCUUCAUGAUCGGACUCCAAACCGACGUCAAGGCCGUCCUCCGCACCGGAACCAAGUCCAAAGCCGUCUCCCUCUCUGGCGUCAUCGUCCCAUUCCUCAUUGGCACCUCCCUCUACUACUCCCUCCCUCACGACGACAAGCCCGGCGGCUUUGUCUUCUCUGGUGGCUCUCUCACCGUCACCAGCUUCUCCACCCUGGCCAACAUCCUUGACAGGCAAAGGGUCAUCCAGACCGACGUCGGGAAGGUGGCGCUGUCGGCGUCUUUGGUCUACGACCUGUCGUCGUGGGUGUUUCUCGCCUUCGGGUUGAUGCAGUCCGGGAGCAACGAGAACAUACAUUGGGCCAUCAUUUGUAGCCUCGCGUAUAUGUUGUUCUGUGUCUAUUACCUCCGGCCGUUGUUGGCUUGGGUCGUGAGGAAGACGCCGGAGGGGCAAGGCCAUAGCGAGUAUUAUAUAUGCGCGUUGGUCAUCGGGAUGAUGGUGUCUGGGAUCAUCACGGACGCCAUCGGGACCCACCCGAUGAUCGGGGCAUUCAUUUUCGGCAUGCUCGUGCCCACCCAGGCCCUCGAGUCCGCAGUGCUCGACAGGCUCGAGGACUUCGUCAUGGGAGUCUUCAUGCCUGUCUUCUUUGUCGUCUGUGGACUCAGGACCAAUAUCGAUGUCAUGGCUAGUAGCGUCGGCUUCUUUCUUGUGAUCCUCAUCGUGUUCUUCGCAUUUGCCGCGAAGACUCUCGGCGCUCUUCUCUCCACUUGCUUCUCCGGCUUGUCGUAUAAGGAGGCCAUCGCCGUUGGAAUCUUGACAAACACCAAAAGCACCAUGGCUAUGGUUAUUCUUGAAGUUGGGCAAGUGCAAGAGGUCUUGACUACACAAACGUACUCAAUAUUGGUGAUUUCUGUUCUAAUAAUGACAAUUGUGGUAACGCCAUUGACGACCAUGUACCGUCCAUCACAGAAUUUAGUACCUUACAAACGGAGAACAAUUGAAAAGGCAAAACCAAACGAGGAGCUACGAGUCUUGGCCUGCAUCCACGCAACCAACGAUGUUCCUCCCAUCAUCCAGCUUCUAGAAGCAUCCAACUCCACCGAGCGGUCUCCGGUGAGCGCCUACGGCCUCCAGCUAGUGGAGCUCGUGGGUCGCGCCCCGGCAAUGCUCGUCGUCCACACCUCAAAUCGGCGUGGGGUUUCCAGAAACCUUAGCCACGAGGAGGUCCAGACAAGCCAAAUCAUCAGCGCGUUCGACAACUACGAGCUCCGUUCCGAGGGAGUCACCACGCAGGUUCUCACCGCGAGGUCGGCUUUCCCGACCAUGGCGGAGGACAUUUGUAAUUUGGCUCAGGAGAAACGGACGGCGUUAAUCGUCCUCCCUUUCCACAAGCAGCAAUCGCCGGAAGGGGACAUGGAAGAGACGAAUCCGGCGAUCCAGAGCGUGAACGAGGUGGUCCUCAUCAACGCGCCAUGCUCCGUCGGAAUCCUCAUUGACCGCGGGCAUUCGUACUCAAACAACCCUGCCCGGAACAUCGUCAUGCUCUAUUUCGGUGGCCCCGACGACAGGGAGGCACUGGCUUUUGCGAAACGGAUGUCAGAGAAAUCAGGGGUGCAUCUCACCGUGAUAAGGUUCGUCCCGGGAAAAGAGGUCGCGGAAAUUGACCCCAUGGGAUUCUCCGGCUACAACAGAAGCUUCGUCAGCAUCAGCAUUGACGCCGACAAAGAUAGAGAAUUCGACGAACAAUUCCUCAAUCAUUUCAGAUCGGAGACGGCGGAGGACAAAUCCGUGACGUACGUUGAGCUGGUGUUGAACGACGAAGAGGAAGCAAUCAACGCCAUAAAAGCCAUGGAUGCUCGGCAUUACGACCUUUACCUGGUUGGGCGGGGGAGGGGAAUCGUGUCGCCGCUGACGGCGGGGCUAGCGGACUGGUGUGACUGUCCGGAAUUGGGGGCAAUCGGAGAUCUUCUGGCGACGUCAGAGUUCGAAUCGGCGUUUUCAGUGCUGGUGAUUCAACAGUACAUGAAAUCCUGCCGAUCUGCAGAAGAAUCUGUGCAUUCUUCCGAUCGGAUGAGCCAGAUGAGGAUCGAUAAUGAAAACGAUGAUAACAAUAACAAUAAAGUGGAGGAGAUGGCCUUACGGCGAUCGGCGUCGGAGAAUGAAUCGGCUUUUGAGUCGUUCUCAAGCUUUAACGGGAGAGAGCACACCUGAUCACCGGCGGGUUGAGAUUUCCGACUUACAUUAAAUGAAUUCAGUUGUGUUUA